AUGGAACAACAACAAGAGGUGCGCGUGUACCGGGAUUGCGUGCGCGGGGUGCGGCGCGUAGCGGGGCUCAAGCGGCAGCAGCUGGCAGCGGGCGUGGACGUGGGCGUGGCCAGCGGCGCCGGCCUCUCCCUCCUCCUCUCGCCCCGCCACAUCGAAUUCGCGCUCGUCAUCGACGCACGAUGCCUGCCGACUCCAUCUUCAUCUCCAUCUGCCUCCACCACCUCUUCGUCUCCAUCAUCCUCAUCCUCAUCCUCAUCGUCGGACCACGCCAGCGGUGGACCCCGGUGGCUGGGGUUCAGCUACUUCGGCUAUCUCGAGAAUUUGAAGCGGUGCUUCCGCAAGCCCCACGACGAUCUCCUCUCCUACUUCAAAAUCAUCCACGAAAACCUGACGACGCAGUUCAGCGACCCCUACGCCUCGCCCCUCCUCUUCGUCGGCGACUCCUACGAGAAGGCGUUUUGGCAGAUCUCGUCUCCCGAGGCACCGCACAGCGUGGUGGGCUUCAUUCCCUUCCGCCCGGUCUCCCUCUUCCACUCCUUCAAGUCCCACCCCAUCAUCGCCAUGGAGGGCGGCAACUACCCGAUCUUCACGAUGAUAUCGGGAAUCGAUCGGCACCGGCUGCGCGCGGUGUCGCCCGAGCUGGAGGCGCGGUACCAGCAGACUGUACAGACCGCGACGGCCCUCGUGAGCCCCCACAAGCUGUCCCACCUCCAGGUCCACUCCGUCCUCAGCUCCAAGCGCGCCGCCAGCCCCGUCGCCAACGGCAACGCCAACGCCAACGGUCACGGCAACAACAAAAAGAAGUCCUCCGCCGACGGCCGCAAGUAUUCGGGGGAGGUGGUGCGUAAGCUGGCGGACGAUUUCUACAAGCACUACGCGUCGUCCAAGUCGGAGGACAAGAAGAGCCUCCAGCCGAUCCUCGUGUCGGGCCUGGUCCUCGCCCUCGGCUCCAUCUCCCGCGAGGUCGAACUCGUCACCCUCAGCAUGGCGUCGACGGGGAAGACGCACCUGAUGCAGGCGGCGCAGAUUCUGCCGCCGUUGACCACGGGCGGCAGCGGCGGGGGCAAGGCGCUCAAGGACAACCUCAGCGACGCCGACCGCCUGGCCAAGGAGCUCGACCACUACCAGAAGCGCCUCGAGCAAUUGAAGCUGUUGCUGGCCCAGGAGCCGCGCAUCGCGAUCUACAACCCGUUCCUGCCGGCGGCCAGCACCGUGCUCCUGCCCACGCCCGCGCCGUCGUCGGCCGCCGCCGCCUCGUCGCCCGCUCACCACCACCACGCCCACCAGCCGCCCCAGCAGCAGUUUGACAUGUCGACACAAACGACGUCGGCGGUGCCCUCCCUGCUGACCGCCUCCCUCCAGCACCCGCGCCAGCAGCUGCCGCCGGCAGCCACGUCAGCGGCCACGUCAGCACGCCACCACCACCAGGCGUCGACAACGAUUGAGUUUCCGUCGCCGACACCUGUCGACAACAGCAACAGCAACUGCGCUGCCAACGGCAACGGCGGACGACAGCCGUCGCCCGCGCCGGCCUUCCGCGCACCGUUGACCUAUCUGCCGGCCUCGUCGUCAGCGUCGACACCAACGUCGUCGGCCGUGUCGACGUCGCCCUCGCUCUCGCUCCACUCGUCGGCGUCAGGCCAGGGCGUCAGCGUCAGCAACAGCGGAAGCGGCUCGAUGACGCCCGUCUCGUCGACGAGCCACCGCCUCGCGACGGCCUCGCGGCCCGUCACCCCCUCGUCCUUCUCGUCGUCGUCGAUCAAUCCUGCGCGUCCCUUCCUCCGCCUCUCCGCCUCCCAGGACUUCACCCACGCGCCGGACAUGAGCCUCCUGUACAGACGGCUGAUCGAAUUGCUUUACGUGGCCCACCCGAUUCCCGGCGGCGUCGGCAAUUUCGCCCCGUCGGCGCUCUCGUCGCCCUUCGCCCACCAGCACCCGUCGCCCGGCGGCGGCUACGCGGGCCUGCGCGGGUCGUCCACCCCGCCGCCCUCCCUGGGCGCCUCGUCGGCCUCGCUCCCCGUGCGCCGCUUCUUCGCCCCAUCGGCCGCCCCGGCCAACACCCCGCUCUCCCUCUCUCGCACCUCGUCCGGCUUCAUUCGCCGCUCGGCCUCCCCCUCCACCGUCACCUUCCUUCAACCAUCAUCAUCAUCGUCAUCAUCGUCGUCGUCGUCGUCGUCGUCGUCGUGGAAGCGAUUCCCGCGAGCGACGACGUCGAUCCCAUCGACCAUCGCUUUCCCGGCGCCGGCGCCGGCCGUCGACUACGCCGACUUCGUCACCCCCGAGCAGCUGCUCGCCGCCAACGGCAACGGCGGCGCGGGCGCACAGAGGCAGGGCGACGUCGAACUCGCCUCGCACUCGCCCCAGGCGCUUCACCACCGCCACCACCACCGCCAGCCCCAGCCCGCGCCCCACCAUCAGCCGCCCCAGCCAUUUUCGCACCCGCCCCAGCCCCAGCCCCAGCCUUAUCCGCACCCGCACCAGCAGCGCCCCAUGGGUCCGCCAAUGCCGGUGCAGGCGGCGCCCGCGGUGGUGGCCCAGCCGCAGCCGCUGCCGGAGCACCACCCGCACGCGCCGGCGGCGGGAGCGCCCGCGCGAGUCCUGCGCCUGUCGCAGUCGCACGCGCCGCACCACCCGCGCAUGCCCGAGGCCCACUUCGGACCCCACCACCAGCCGCAGCAGCCGCAGCAGCCGGCCCUCCGUGCGAGCAGCGGCGGGCUUGCCCCACCGGCGGCGGCCGAGGCGGUCCACCCGAACGAAUCGGCGUCGGACUUUUUGCUUCGCUUGAUCGGCGCCAACAAGGACGCCUCCCAGGUUGUUGAAGAGGACCAGGCGCGCGUUGCGGAGGCGCCGGCCAAAGGGCCGCAUCCUGGCCUCUUCCGUCGCUGCCGCCUGGCCAAGCACCAGCAGCAGCACCAGCCGCAGGCGCAGCAACAGCACUUUGGCGGCGUCUACGUCCACUGA